GCGGCUUUCCGGCAGCUGCAGCCUGAAAAGCACCAUGCAAGUGAAGAGCCUGGGGAAGCCAGGGCGGAGACUGCCAGAUCCCAGCCCCUGCCUGGCCCCGGGAAGCAGCUGACAGCCCGGGGAGGCGGCGCUGGAGCAGCAGCGGGGUGAUGGAGAACUUCACCGUGCUGCACGCCUGGACCAAGAGCACCAACACCUCCGCCGCGGGCUGCGCCACGGACGAAAACCCCUACAAAUGUAAAUUUGACGAGGAGUUCAAGUACAUCCUGCUGCCCGUCUCCUAUGGCAUCGUGUGUGUGGUGGGGCUGUGUCUCAACCUGCUGGCGCUCUACAUCUUCCUCUUCAGGAUCAAGACCUGGAACGCCUCCACCACCUACAUGUUCAACCUGGCGGUGUCGGACACGCUGUACGUGGUCUCCUUGCCCCUGCUGGUGUAUUACUAUGCCAAGGGGGACAACUGGCCCUUCAGUGUGGGCUUGUGUAAAAUAGUCCGUUUCCUGUUCUACACCAACCUCUACUGCAGCAUCCUCUUCCUCCUUUGCAUCAGUGCUCACCGCUUCAUGGGCAUCUGCUUCCCACUGAAGUCGCUGAAGUGGGGCCACGUCCGCUACGCCCGGAGGGUGUCGGGCAUUGUCUGGCUGGUGAUCAUCAUCUGCCAGUCACCGGUGCUGUUCUUUGUCACCACCUCCAUGAAGUGCAACGCGAUUACCUGCCAUGACACGUCAAGCAAGGAGCUCUUCGGCCAGUUCGUCAUCUACAGCUCGGUGAUGCUGGUGCUUCUUUUCUGCAUCCCCUUUCUGAUCAUCAUUGUGUCUUACUGCCUGAUGGCACGGAAGCUGCUGCAGCCCACCCAGGGGACCUCCCGGAUGUCCAAGUCCAAGAAGAAGUCUGUCAAGAUGAUCAUCAUCGUCUUGGUGGUCUUCAUCGUCUGCUUCCUGCCUUUCCACAUCACUCGCACCUUGUAUUAUUCCUUCCGGAGCUGGGACCUUGGCUGCAGCACCCUCAAUGCCAUUAACUUAGCCUACAAAGUGACCAGGCCACUAGCUAGUACCAACAGCUGCUUGGAUCCCAUUUUAUACUUCUUGGCUGGACAAAGGUUCAUGAAGUUCACAGGCAAGAAAACGCCAGCGAAAAUUCAGAGGGCAGUGGCCCUGGAGAACGCUGCCAGCAGUAACAUGGGCAUCAGUGACAACACAAACAUGAUAGUCAAGGAUGUAAAAUCGUAGCCUUUUACAUGCCUGUGCACUGUCCCGUCUCAUGGAAGAGCACCCCCCUUCGUGGCGGCAGGGCUUCCCUGAUGUGUGAUGGGAGUCCUUGCAUGCUGCCUUUCUGCCUUCCACUGCCUCCCCAGACGUCAGGAGUUGUCUUCAACCCUGCUUCCACAGGCAUGGUACUGAAUGGGUAUAUCACCUCUGUAAUGACUUUUUGCAACUAUGGUGCUGCUGAGGUGGUCUAUAAUAAUCCCAUAUGCAAACUUCCUCCAGAUCUAUAGCUCAAACACUUCUCUUCCAUCAGAUUCACCCAUCCUUUCACUACCGAAUGAGGGCAAAAACCAGCUGUACCUGGCUGCUGGUGCAAAGUGAAGGAGCGGUCAAGACAUUGUUUUGGCACAGAUCUUUUGUUUUAUUUGAUUUUCUGAAACAACCCUUUGAUGCCACCCCCCCCCCCCAAACCCAUCUCCUGAGGUUAUCAGCAUUUUCAGCCAUGCUUUUAUUGGGAUGCUCAUCACGCCUUUUAUUGAAACAGGCAAGAAGCCGGGGGGUGUUGGGUCAUUGGAAAUAGGCCAUAGUGAGUUUAAUUGAAAAAGAAAUGUCAGUGUAAAUCUUAGCGCAGGAAAUGGAAAGUGGGUCCCCAGGAAAUGGAGACAACUUGGAAGCCGAUCACAAAAUUGUUUUCCCACUUUUCAGCCAGCGCCAGCUUGCUUACCGAGGUCACCCUUCCUUUGGUGCUGGGGCUGGGACAAUUUGGGGCCCGUUCGGAGGGGUUGUCUCUAGCUAACGGAGUUUGCCUGAAUACCUCUGGCGUUUAUACCAGCAAACUCAUUUCAGCCAGUUCCUUGGACCAAAUGAGCUAGGUCAGCAAAAGGGUCCUUCUGGGGCUACACUAGGACUGCUGCAGCCCGAGCUAUGCUGCUACAGGAGCUUAGUUCCUCCCAGGCCUGACCAACAGAGCUGUGCUUGCAAAACUUGUAAGUACAGGUUAAGCCUGAGCCAAUGUGAUUUUGCCAGCAGGAAACCAAGGUUACCCAAGUCUUUUCCUCCCAGGUUAGUGUUUAGAAUAAAAAAGGAACAUAAAUCACUUUAGGCAAAAAUAACACUGAACCACCCAUAUGCACCAUGGGGUUGAAAAGGUGAGGAGCAAAGGGGUUGCUCCUCCUUUACUUCCUGAAUAUUCACUACUAGAGAUCCCCUGCCCAGCCAGAAAGAGUCAAAUUGGAUUUAACCUUUUAUCCCCCCCAGGGUCUCCCUACCUAGGACACCCAAAUCCUAAUCUAGAGGCAUCCAGAAAUCCCCAGUAGUCCCAACCUGCUGUUCGGGAUAAUUACCUUGCAGACUGGCACUAAGAUGAGCUGUUUUUAACGUUUACCCUUUCAUUAAACAUUGUGACUCCAACCCCCCCAACAGUUUAUAUACACCCCACUCCAGCCCUUGAUCUGAGAAUCAGGCAGACUUUCUGAAGGCAUUUGGGUUAGCCCAGUGCCCUCUUCAAGAGAACCAUGUUAUUCAGGUGCCAGAGCAGGAGCGGUGCUGACUGGAAGAUUUUAUUUUUGUUUUAAACCUACUAACUUAUACUGAAAAAAAGAAAGUACAUGUGUAUGUUCACACUUGGGGUGACACUGCACACUUUUAUUUUUGUAAUAUGCAACAAUCUCAUGUUUCUUAUGGUAACUAUAGAAAUAUUUCUA